AUGCCAAUGUGCCAACUUCCAAGUUUACCUAUUUACCUGGGUGUUGUUGUUCGUCAAUUCGACCCAUAUAAAACUGGAAACUGGAAACUGGAAGCAGUGGAAGCUUUGGUGGGAUGUUUAUUAUUCAGAAAACUCACCAGCCACAACUUCUUCAAUGACCCCAGUUUUAAAUUGACAGUUUCAAUCCGAAAUGGGACGGCGACAUGGAGAAGGAACAUGUAUUUCUGCAAUAUAUCAUGUACGAUGUACAAUGACAAGAUUGAUCAAUUUCCAAAUAUCUUCGUCAACAACAUCUUAGUGUCUGACUUGUUAAGUGAUUUGUUCAGUACUGUAUCUACGGAGUACUUUUUGACUUUGCUUUGCGUGGCCUCCAUGAAUGCUGGAUGCUGA